AUGGCAAAUGCUGUCGAUUUCACGCCGUGCAUCACUUCUCAUCCUCCGGAUAGUGAAGUUCAUUGUCGUUUACGUCUGGUCGAAGGAACAUGCGGAUCAUCAUCGAUAACUACCAAUGGUGACAUUCAAAUCAUUGCUGAUAGAAAUAAUUUUCCAACACAAACGUUUCCAGUAAGAAAUGGACGUUUCAAAAUAUUAAUACAUUUAUCAUCUGGCGAAAAUCGGAUUCAACUAAGUUUCAGCGAUGAUCAGCAUAGACGAUAUUUAUGGCAAACGUACACAGCUUCUCAAAUGUUUUCAAAUGGAUUUGGUCACCGAACAUUUCGUCUUGAUGAAUCGUACCAACGUGACACACUCAGUGGUGAAGAUCAGUCUCAAAGAGAGACAGUAAUGAUUCAUGUUCUAAAAAGUAAAUAUACAACUGCUCAAAUUCGACAUCCAAGUCGGGCACAACAGAAUUUGAAUGAUAAAAACAAGAACAUUCUAUUCGAUAUUGCAUUAGAAGCUAUUCGGUCUAAAUUUCAGGAAGAAAGAAAUUAUGUCGCAGUUCUACUCUUAAACUCACAUUAUGAAGAUAAUCUGAUUACAGACCAUGCAGCACUAGGUUCGGGGAGCAUCGAUGCACAAUAUUCGGGAUGUUGGUUGACACGAAACACUGGUAUUGAUGCAGAAGGUGAUAAAUAUUGGAUUGCAUGUAAUGUUGGUCUUGGAGCAAUGCUGCACGAAAUAGGACAUGCACUUGGUUGUCCAUAUGAACAGAACGGUAUUCUACUGAAAUCAACGAACGGCAUUUUGGCUAUUGAAUUUUAUCUUGAACGCGAUAAAGUUGCAAAAUCAUGGAUAGAUUAUCUUGAAAAUCCACCUGCCGAAGUUAUUUUAUGGAAGGAAGAAUUACGAAGUCGAGUUAACGGAGAAGGUAAAAUCAACACACCCUCACACGCUACUGGUCCUUUGAUCGAAGUCGUAUUUCAUUCGGGUUUGGCUUUGGAUGGUUUAGAAUUCUUCACUAAAGAACAUUCAGUUCUCUUUGGAAAGAGAGGUGGAUCGUCACACGACUUUCCUAUGGAGAAUGGCGAGUUUAUUCAAGGUUUCGGUGUUCGAAGUGGUGUGUGGAUCGAUGCUGUACAGAUUGUUACCAAUAAAAAACGUAGUGAAUGGUUUGGUGAUAUUGCUGGUGGAAGUGAACAUAAGCUAACAAUUCCUGAUCACGGGGUUAACCAGAGAUUUGAUACAUUGAUUCGUAAUAUGGGUUAUGCUCAGUCUAUUGAAUUGAUACAACCGACGAGCGAUCAUGACAAGACUAGUUGCUUGAUUUACCCGAUAUUUGAUCGGUUCUGUUCACAUAUAUUACCCAAUAUACAUGAUCUUGUUGAAUGUUUAACUUUUGAAUCAAUUUCAAUGGAACGCAUUCUCUCUGUUGGUCAUUAUCCUCAUUUACGAAAGUUGAUCAUCAUCAAUAUAGAGCCAGAAUUUGUAAUGCGAUACUUUAUCGAUGAAUCACGUUUUGCUCAUAUUUUCAAGCAUCAGAUCACACACUUAAAACUGUCGAUAAAUGAUCCUGAGAGAACUCAAUCAAUGGUUGAACUAAGCACAACUGUAUUUGCCCGUAUAUUUUCCAUGUUUACAAGCGUAACUGAAUUGGAUUUUGGUUCAGCAGGUACUCGACGAUAUCAUGCACGAUUAAACAUCGCUGGUUUACCUUCAACAACUUAUUUUCCAUCAACGAUUCUUGUUUUACGUAUCAGUGUAGAUACAUUUGAUGAUUGUUUGUGUUUACUUGAUGGUCGUCUUGCUCGUUUACGCAGAUUUGUGGUUCAAACGUCUAAUAUUUUCAACAGUAAACCGAUUUCUGACAAUCCGAUUCUGACGACUAUGAAAAGUUUCUCACUUACUUCACAUCAGAUCAUUGAUACAAAUCACUAUGAGAGCCAAAUUAUACCACUUCUUCGCCGAAUGAUAUAUCUUGAAGAGUUAAUGCUACGUCUAACCGUCGACAAGCGAUCAACAAUCAUCGAUAGUACUCAUUUAAACAAUGAGAUUCUUCCAUAUUUACCACAACUUCAAACCUUUACGUUUAAUAUCGUGACUUAUACGACAGCCAUAAGCGAAUCAUAUUGGAAAAAGAUUAAUCAAAUUCAACAUAUGUUUUAUAAUGGAAAAUCUCAUGAACUCAUUUGUUACAUUGACAAAUAUCGACGCGAAUACCACAAAAGCACAAACAAAGAACUUCCUCUUUUGUCGAAUUUCCUAAUUUAA